UUCUUCUUCUUCUUCACUAGAAAAAGAAAAAAAAAAAAAGAUUCAAAAUUAAAAUGAGUGGCUCUGCAAAAGAUUGUGUUGCUCUGUUUCUUCUUCUUCUUCUUCUACUGCCUUCUCUUCUUUUUCAAGAAUUAGUUGAAGGAAAGCCGGUGAUUGGUGAAUGCGAUCUUUUUCAAGGGAGAUGGUUGGCCGAUACGUCGUACCCUCUUUACGACGUGUCGGCUUGUCCUUUUAUUGAGAAACAAUUUGAUUGCCUUGGAAAUGGCCGCCUCGAUAAACUCUAUCUCCGAUACCGGUGGCAGCCCUCCGGCUGCUUCUUGCCCAGAUUUGAUGGUGAAGAGUUCCUGAGGGAAUUUAGAGGAAAAAGCAUAAUGUUUGUGGGAGACUCCUUGAGUUUGAAUCAGUGGCAAUCUCUUACUUGUAUGCUUCACAACUUUGUUCCACAAGCCAAUUAUACCAUUACUAGAAUUGGAGCCUUGUCCAAAUUUAAUUUUCCAGAAUACAAGUUGGAAAUAAUGUUUUCGAGGAAUGCAUUUUUGGUGGAUAUUAUAAGCACCAAAAUGGGGAGAGUGUUGAAACUUGAUUCUAUAGAGUCGGCAGAAGCGUGGAAAGGAAUUGACGUCUUGAUAUUCAAUUCUUGGCAUUGGUGGCUGCACACCGGAAGAAAGCAACCAUGGGAUUUGGUUGAAGAGGGAGAAAGAACGUACAAGGAUAUGAACCGAUUGUUGGCAUUUGAGAAAGGGCUAAGAACUUGGGCUAAAUGGGUGGACCAAAACGUGGAUCCUUCCAAGACCAAGGUCUUCUUCCAAGGCGUUUCCCCUGACCAUUCUGAUGGGAAAUCGUGGGGGGAGGCCGGAGGGGACUGCAGCGGGAAAACGUGGAUGUUGGGGCCGGAGUAUCCAGGGGGCCCACAUCCGGCGGAGCAGACGGUGGAGAGAGUUCUGGAAGGGAUGUUAAAGCCAGUUUAUUUGCUGAAUAUCACCACUUUAUCACAGCUGAGAAUAGACGGCCACCCCUCCGUGUACGGCUUCGGUGGCCACAGUGGCAUGGACUGUAGCCACUGGUGUCUCGCCGGAGUUCCUGAUACUUGGAACCAUCUCUUAUACGCUGCUCUCCUUCCUAAUAACUAACAGCCGUCACCUUAAUAAUCUCAUCUUUCUCUUCUUCUUUCUUUUACCAUAUAGGAAAACGACAUAUAUACUCACAUUCAUGUGGACGGAUUUUGAUCAAUUUCAAAUAAAUAAAAGAACAACAUACUAAUGUUGUUGUCUCAAUUUUACGAUAA